UGUGCCAGAAAUAGUCUUCACUUGAGACUCCAUUCGGCUACUUCUGAUGAAGGGUGCUCUGCAAGAUAAUUAACUGGACUGAGGAGGAGAGUCACACUGCAGUUCCAGGAAUCCCUCCCCUGCUGUCACUGACACACACACACUCACACACACACACAUCACUACCACCCUUCUGUCAUUCUCCCCUCCCUUGCUUACUUAACUCUCCCUUUCUGUUUUGUUGCUGUCAGAGGGAGCUGCACACUUCUUUUACAACUCCUUUCGUUUUCUGACACUCCGGAGCUAGAAGAGGAAAGAAGAAGCGAAGCAGCAUAAAGAGGACUUUUGGACACUCCCAAAAAGAGGCUUUAAGGCAUUAACCAUCACUGCCUGGAGGAAAAAAUGUCUUACAGACGGUCUGAUCCAAAUAAAGAACCGAGAAUCGAGCUCUUCAUUAAGGCUGGACAUGAUGGUGAAAACAUUGGCAACUGUCCCUUCUGUCAACGGCUGUUCAUGGUUCUAUGGCUAAAAGGUGUAAAAUUUACUGUAACCACAGUGGACAUGAAAAAGAAACCAGACGAGCUCAAAGACCUGGCACCAGGGACAAACCCGCCUUUCCUCCUGUACAAUGGAGAGCUAAAAACAGAUUUCCUGAAGAUUGAAGAGUUUUUGGAGCAGACCUUGGCACCUCCCAGGUAUCCACACCUAAGCCCUCUGAAUAAGGAAUCUUUUGAUGUUGGAAGUGAUAUCUUUGCCAAGUUCUCGGCCUACGUUAAGAACUACCCAGCAAAUGAGAACUAUGAGAAGGCUUUACUUCGAGAGUUCAAAAGGCUGGAUGACUACCUCAACUCUCCACUUCCAGAGGAAAUUGAUCCCAACAGCACGGAGGAUGUGCUUGUUUCCACAAGGAAAUUCCUGGAUGGCAACCAUUUGACCUUGGCCGACUGCAAUCUGCUGCCUAAACUGCAUAUAAUAAAGAUUGCAGCAAAGAAAUACUGUGACUUUGAGAUCCCAAGUGAAUUCGCUGGCGUUUGGAGGUAUCUGAAGAACGCUUAUGAGAGAAAUGAGUUCAGCCACACCUGCCCUGCCAAUGAGGAGAUUGAGAGGGCCUACAUGAGCGUGGUAAACAAGAGAAAAUGAGGCCAAUGUUAAAAUCAAGAGACUUUUUGGGAAGCCAGAAGAAAAAAACAAUGUCCAAAAUAUCUCACUACCUGUUUUCAGCCUUCUCUUUGCUAUCUGCAUAUCACAAGGACCAAUGAGAGCCCCAAAACUCUUCUAUCUCAGCGCACUUUACUGGGACGAUUAAGUGAACUAUAUGCAUCAGUGACUUUAACGGAUGCUGCGGUUAGAAUAAAAGGGGGCGAAAGGAAGAACUGGACAAAGGCGGUCGCUGAAGAAAGAUGUCACUUUAGGUUAAUGAGAUUGAAAGAUUCAAAGAAAGUGCAAGAAAAUUAGGAAACGAUUUCCUGGCCAUUUGUGUGACAAAUCUUCCAGUAGAGGGCAAGAGAGAUCUAUUAAGUUAGAGAUCUGAGAUUAAGCAGUGGUAAAUGAAUUAACUCUAAUGAAUUACAGAGAAAAACCUGAGGGAUGCUUGAAUAGAUCCUUAAAUUACUAAAAUGUAUUGGCAAAUACACUCUGCAAGUCACACCACUUCAUUCUGAGUGUAAACCACAAUGGAGAAUAAAACUGGCCACUCAAUGACAAAACUCUGUAUAUAAGACACAUACUGUUCAACCUACUAAUUUAUGGUGAAAUGCAUGUAUUUUAUACUCUCCUGUCUAGCAUUUUUACUUAUCAUCUACACUAUUAAUACUACUAGGCACAUUUCAAUUUCAGCUAUCUUUAUUGCCCUUUAGAGCACUUAGGUAAUGCAACUCCAUGUGCAUAUACGGCCAUUGACACUGUUAAGCGUGCACACACACACACACACACAUAUAUAUAUAUAUAUAUAUAUGUAUAUAUAUAUAUAUAUAUAUAUAUAUGUAUAUAUAUAUAUAUAUAUAUAUAUAUAUAUAUAUAUAUAUAUAUAUAUAUAUAUAUAUAUAUAUAUAUAUAUAUAUAUAUAUUUACAUAGUAUCUUGUUUUAUCUGUUGAAGUUCCCUUCAAAACUGGACAUUAGUAUUUAUUGCACCAUGGGUGCCAACUUGUUAUAAGUAUUGUGAAAGCAAAAAAAUAAUAUGCUACCAAAUAAAUAAUAAUCCAACAAUAACAACCAUACUACAACUACUACUACUACUAAAAAUAAUAAUCAUCAUCAUCAUCAUCAUCAUCAUCAAUAAACUGUCAUAGCACAGGAGACACAUGCACAGCAAAAUAAAAUGCAACAAUCAACGAGCAACAGGACUGCGACUGUAGGCAUUGACUGUAUUGCUAAAGUUUGAUUUAUUUCAACAUUUAAGCAUCUCUCAGAUGGGCUUACAUUCAAACUUGUGGUAAAUCUCUGCAAACUUCCAUCCUCCACUGUUCACUACUACAUGUGUGUUAAAAAAGUUCUCCUUACUUGAUUUCCUCUUGGACAUCGGAUGGUCAUUAUUUGGAUGAUGAAAUUGCAUUCUUUGUAUACAUAGACAAGGAUACAGUACAGCUAAACGUUUAAAGAGAAUCAUUAUUAUACUCUGAUUAUUAUACUUUGUUCAUUGAAUUUCAUGAUUAUAAUAUACUGUUCAUUUUAUUUCUGGCGGCUAAGUUUAAUUUACAUUUUUAAGGGGGCUGUAUGGUAAGAUUAUGAUUGUGUUGACAUCAUCAAUAUCAUCUGUCUGUUAGACUGGUGGGUUAAAUAGAAAGCUACCUUUUCAUAAAAUUGUUCAUACUGCUGUUAAAUUGUAAUCUUAUUUUUACUCAUGUAACAAAGAUUAAUUUUUUUUACAGAAAUGCAAAAUGCAAUCAUUUAAGAAAGCCCGCCGACACAAGUCAAUUUGUAUGUGUUUUCUGUAACACGUGUAUUUUCUGUGUGUCUCAUGGUCAGAAAUUUCUGCACACUGAUAUCUCUGAGCACUUGACAAACGUCCUGCAAUGUUAAUAGUUUGCAGUCUGCCAUGUGCAUGUUAUUCAUGGUGGGCUAUUAAGUCACAUCUGUCUGAUGAGUUAAUUUUUAUAAACUUUGUAGAUUCAGAAUAGAUGCUAUUACACAGUCAUAUCAGAUUUGAGUUGCUUGCAAAAUUAGUUUGGACAGUCAAUCAAAAAAAUUAGAUCUGAGCCAUAAACUGGAACGGAGUCCAUUUUCCCUGCAGUCUGAAUGUAGUUUUGGUGGUCUGUAGCAAGACAUGGACUUCAAUUCAUUUUUACCACUGUGACUUUUGUCUGGCAAUGCUCUGAGAUUUUCACUGCAAUCCCAACUUUAGACUGAGAGGGCAGAUGCCCCUAUGCCUACCCCCAGUAAUGGUGCCUAUGGUGUUGACCACAUUAAUUUAAAGAUUUUCUUUUUUAUAUAAUAUAUACAUGUCAUAGUUAAACUUUAUGCUGAUGCCUUCUACACUAUGCUGGCAUGUGAAGCCCUCAUUAGAAUAAUUUAAAGUUAAACACUUGAGCAAUAUGCAUUGAACACACCAUUAUGUUCUUUCAUGGUUAAGCAAAAAAAGACAUGUAUUUUUACACAGUUUUAUUAUAUUUUCAAUUAAAAAGAGUAUAUAUACAGUAUAUUUUUGGUAUUUUAUACAGCACCUUUUAUGGUAAAUGCAAUCUUAAAGCUUGCUGAUUUCUAUAAGUGACGAUCACUUAUGCAGGCAUCAUAUUUAUAAAAUGGAAGCAAUGGCAAGUUCAGUUACGAACAUGGAGUCAUGCACCGAAGAAACUGAACCAGAAAACAUUUGCAAUUCCAACAUUUUAUCCACUAUGCUACCUCUCCUACUCUUCUGUUGUUAAACAGUGUAGAAAGUAUGACCAGUAGGGGGUGCCACAAAGCCCCAAAAUCCAGACACCAACAAAUCCAACACAGUUCUGGGCUCAAGUAAAGGAUUUGUUUAUUAAACACAGUAUCUUCACAAGUGAGCAAUAUCCACUUCCAUAACAGAUAAAGUUUCACACUCCCUGACUUUGACUCACCCAGAUGAGGGUGAGUGGGUUCUUUUAUGCCUGACCUGAGAGCACUUCCUGUGCCACAAUAAUGAAUUUUGGGAGCACUUCCAGGUUGGGCGGAACCUUUUUAAAAUAAGGACACUUCCUUUCUGCAGCAUCCCCUGGCAGCCACCAAGACACCUAGCAGAGCUCUCCAUUGGAACAACAAUUCCCAUCUCACCCUGCAGGUGUACACCUGGGAAAUCCACCUAAGGAAUGUUGCCAUCUAGUGUGCUAGGGAAGGAAUUGUUCUGGAUUUACAAUCUUCUCCUGUUCAUCCUUUAUGGCCUCCUGGCCAGGAAAGGCACCAGCAACCCACCAGGCCAGGAUGUCUAUAUAUCUUCGUCCCCCAUUAUGACAACCUCAUUCUGGAAAGGAAUCACUCUCACUCCUGCCAGGGUUACCAGUCCAUCUACCUUGACACUAACAUAAAUUACCAAGUAUGUUUUUACCUUCUAAAAUAAAAAUUCAGAAGGAUGACUUUCAUGAUUUAAAAAGUAUUGAUUAACCAAUGGACUUUGACAAGAACAGAGAGAAUGGUGAGAGUCUUUUAUAAAAGCUAAUAUUUACACAAUUGACUGAUUUGAUAUGUACUAAUGAACAGUUUUUCAAUAUUUGAUUGAAGUACUAUGGUAUAUACUUGCUCUUCACUUUGCUCAUGUACACCGUGACCUUUUUUUUAAAUAAAAAGUUAAAAAUGUUUUGCAGUCAA